CGGUGCCGGGGCGCCCCCCAAUCUCGGGGGCCACCUGGCCUCUCUGUUUCUCUCGCCCCCUAUGUCCCUGACCCCCCUUAUGUCUGUUUCCCUCUCCCUCUCCGUUUCUCCCUUUCACUGUCUUCCUGUCACUCUCUUGAUGUGUGGGUUACGGGGAGGCAUCCUGGGUCUGAACUGCCCACCCUGGCUUGGGGUGGUGCUCUGGGACCAGCACCCCCCUCCCCCCAACAAGAGGACUCUGAUGGACUCUGCCCCCUUUCACAGUGCAGGGCACCAGGUGCCAGGGCCAGAUUCCAGAGCUAGGAGGGCAUUCUAGGUGGUGGGCAGCCAGGCCAAAGGCGUGGAGGUGGGAAUGAGUGAGACUUCUGGCUGGUCCAGGCAGCAGAGACAGUCAGAGCCAGGCCCACCCAGACUGGCCACCUGGGAGCUCCCCAGUGUUCUGAAGCCUUGGCCUCAGUUUUGCCAGCUGUGAAUUGGGACCUUCGUCGCUGAGGUGACUGGCAGUUGACCUGACCCAGAUCUGCAUGCAUCACUACCUCCUCUCUCCUGGGGGGCUCUCCUGGAGGAGGAGCAGCCCCAGCUGUAAACAGGCCUCUGAGGUUACUUCCUGAGCAGGUCUGAGCCCAGCUGGGGGAGGUGAACGCCCUGGGUGGGGGGUGCCAUAGCAGGGUGAGGGCAGUUCAGCCCAGUGGUUGGGUUGGUUCAGCCCAAGCUCAGACCUUGGAAUCAGACAAACCUGGGUUCCCGCUCUGCCACUCAUCACUGGUACCUUGAACGAGUGAUUCAAUUCUCCAAGCCUCAAUUUCCUGUCUGAGGGUCAUAACUCCCUGGGGGUGAGGGCAGCUUCCAGAAUUAAAUGCAGGAAUGUGGGCCCUGCAAGUCUCUACCUGGCCUCCACCUCCUCCCUCUCUCCCCCUCACUCACUCUGCUCCAGCCACACAGCCUCCACAUUCCACCAACACGCCAGGCACCAUCCUGCCUCAGGGCCUUUGCACGGGCUAUUCCCUGUACCUCCAUGACAGGUGCACAGGCGCCAACUUUAAAACAUAACAAGUUGCCUAGAUGGGCUGGGCCAAGGGACUGCCAGGCCAGGGCUGGGCGGCUGGGUGGCUGGGAGGGGCAGAGGAGGAGCCGGCCCAGUGACGCUGUACCUAUGGAAACCGGAACAAAGAACUGUCGCCCCAGCCACGCGAACACCUGGGCUGAGCUUCUCCCACUUGGCAGGCUUGGUGGCCUGGGACGCAGGUGGUGGGGCGGAUGGACACCUUCAGCACCAAGAGCCUGGCCCUCCAGGCCCAGAAGAAGCUCCUGAGCAAGAUGGCAUCCAGGGCGGUAGCGGCCGCGUUCAUCGACGACACCAGCAGCGAGGUGCUGGACGAGCUGUACCGCGCCACCAAGGAGUUCACCCGCAGCCGCAAGGAGGCCCAGAAGGUGGUCAAGAACCUGGUCAAGGUGGCCGUGAAGCUGGGUGUCCUGCUGCGCAGCGGGCAGCUGGGCGGCGAGGAGCUGGCGCGGCUGCAGCGCUUCCGGCAGCAGGCCCGCCGCCUGGCCAUGACCGCCGUCAGCUUCCACCAGGUGGACUUCACCUUCGACCGGCGCGUCCUGGCCGCCGCCCUGCUUGAGUGCCGGGACCUGCUGCACCAGGCGGCGGGCGCGCACCUGACCGCCAAGUCCCACGGCCGCAUCAACCACGUGUUCGGCCACUUGGCUGACUGCGACUUCCUCGCCGCGCUCUACGGCCCGGCUGAGCCUUACCGCUCCCACCUGCGCAGGAUCUGCGAGGGUCUCACCCGGCUGCUGGACGAGGAGAGCAUAUGACCUCCGACCUGACCUCCGACCUCCCCGUUCCGGCUUCCCGCUGGGGGCGGGGCUUGCGGGGGGGGUUUUAACCUCUUUUCUCCCAGUCUGACUCUGGCCAAAACCACCCCGCCCAACACGCGUGCGCGCGCGCGCACACACACACACACACACACACACACACACACACACACACACACACACACACACACACACACACACACACACACACACACACACACACACACACACACACACACACACACACACACACACACACACACACACACACACACACACACACACACACACACACACACACACACACACACACGCCUCUGCAGCUCUAAG